AUGCUUGACACUCCUGCUUCUUCAACGUCUUCGUUGGUUGAAAACUUGGAUAGUAUUGAAACAGUUCACAUUGCAUCUGCUUCUCAUCCUACUCAAGACUUUCUGGAUAUGGAAGUUAAUGGUAGCACUCCUGGAACUGAGUCAAAUAAGAAGAAGAAGACUAGGGUUAUUGUUACUUCAACCUCAAUGGAUCUGGAGUCUCAUAUUGCUAAUUAUAAAUCUCGUACAACCAGAAUAGACCGUUUGAUCUUCAUUGCUGAUCGUUGUCCUGUUCUUCAGGUAGACGCUCUUCAAUUUGCAGCCAAGGAACUACUUGAAACUGUCAAUGUAGACAAGUAUCUCAUUGUCUUGGGUAAACUCAACGACUAUCUGACUUCUUUACAACGCUUGCCCAUGAAUGUGGAUGAGAAAUGGGUUGAGCAGACCAGAUUGGCUUCAAGAAAAAAAACAGAUCAACUAGAGUAUGAACUCAGAACAUACAGAGCCAAUUCAAUCAAGGAGAGCAUUCGGAUGGGCCAUUCCGACUUUGGUGAUCAUUUCUAUGCUUUGGGCGAUCUACAAAAUGCUCUCAAGAGUUAUACUCGCACCAAGGAUUACUGCACUACUCCAAAACAUAUCUUGGAUAUGUGUUUGAGUGUUGUCAAGACUUGUAUUGCAAUGGGAACUUUUUCACAUGCACAAACGUAUCUGAUCAAAGCAGAAACCAUUCCAGAUUUACCCAACAAGGAAACUCUUGGUUCCAAGCUUACAUCCAUUUGUGGUAUUCUCAGUCUCGAAACAGGUGCUUAUUACAAGGCUGCUAAAAGCUUUCUAUCCAUUCCAUUUGAUCACGUCAAUGAACUAUACGAAACAAUUUCUCCCAAUGACGUUGCCGUCUACGGUGGAUUGAUAGCUCUUGCAACAUUUGAACGAUCCGAACUGAAAAAGCUUGUGUUUGAAAACUCGAGUUUUAAACAGUUUCUGGAAUUGGAACCACAAAUUCGUGAAAUGAUUUAUGCCUUUUAUUCGCUAAACUUUCGAGCAUCAUUAGAUAUUCUUGGCAAGAUCAAGAAUGAUCUACUGCUGGACAUGUAUCUUCAUGAUCAUGUUGAGCACAUUUACCAACAGAUCAGAAAAAAGGCGCUAGUACAAUACUUUUUCCCUUUUGUGACAGUAGAUAUGAACAAGAUGGCAUCUAGCUUCAACUGCACUGUUUCAGAUCUUGAGCGCGAGGUUGCAGUUCUGAUUGGCGAUGGUCACAUCCAGGCGCGCAUUGAUAGUCACAACAAGAUUCUACGAGCCAAACAACACAACCAACGCAGUCAACUGUACUCCAGAGCUACCGAGAUUGCAACAGACUUUGCAUUUCAAUCUCGAGCGACUCUACUACGAGCCAAACUACUUGAAAUGGAUCUUGUGCAACCCACACGAUAUCGCUAA